UUAUCAUCACAAAUAUUACUACGAUAAAAUGAAGUGAGAGAAAAGGGCUCGUAAUGUUCCCACUCUGAUCUGACACCUCACACUGCGAACGGCAAUGGCUAUCUCAUCCACCUUCUCAAACUUUUUCUCUUUUCUCCUCCCACCAAAGCCACAACCUAUCCCUUCUCCUUCCCUCACUCGUUUCCCAACUCAGAACCACAAACUGAGUGACAACAACUCCGUGCAACUCGUUUCCCAACAGAAUGAUCACUCUUAUUCCUCUUUGUCAGACUUGUCCUCCGUGAUGAACCCCUCUCUUGCACACUCGAACACGCUCUUCUUCCGCUCAGCCUACAACGUGCAAGUGGUGGUGGACGAGAACGAGCCCGAAGAGAGGCUUCUCAACAGGUUCCGAAGAGAGGUUAUGAAAGCCGGUAUCAUACAAGAGUGCAAGAGAAGAAGGUUCUUUGAGAACAAACAGGAAGAGAAAAAGCGCAAGACACGUGAAGCUGCCAAGCGUAAAGGCAGAAGCAGGCGCCCUCAAUUGAGAUCUCCAAUGCUAAACAAGCAGGAUGUUCAAAAUACCAAGAAGGAAGAGGCUGAUGAUGAUAACUGGGAUCUACCAGAAGUAGAUGCUCCAUAUAUUUGAACCACAUGAUCCCCCUUACACUCUAUGAUUCCUCACAUUUUUAUUGUGAGAGAGGCUUUUUAUGCGUGUGAGUUCUGUUAUGUAAAAUCAAUUUCUUGGACUCUAUUAGUGUGUUUUUCAGUUUACAUUUUACUUGAUGGUAUGCAAUUUAUUCAUUUGUGGAUUAAAAUUUUGUUCUGCCCUUGAUUCUAUGUAAUCUUGCAGCAGUCUGUUUAUUCUCCCCUCUUGCAUCAAUUUAGAAUCCCCUUUUUAUUUGAAUUUACCAGUCCUAUAAAAGUUACAUGUCCUAUCAGAAAAAUAAGAGUUGCAUAGAACGAAAAUUUGUCUGUUCAUAGAAAAUGUGUUUUCAUUGGAAAUUGAAAUGCCUACAGCAUCUUCCAAAUGACAGAGGUUGUCCUGUUGGAAGAAGCAAUUGUACUAAAGUUUACUUAUGUUUGGAUUUUGGAAUAUAUCCAUAAUCCAUCAACACCUGUAACUGUGAAUGCUGUUAGAGUUAGUUGCUGUAGUGAUAAACUUCUCAGCCUUUACAGUGAUAUUUGGUUUAUUCUGUGGUCUUUGUCAUGCUUGACUUUUUCAUCAAUUUGAGCUGAAGAUGUUUUGAGGUUAUUAAGGACACAGGCUUAACUGAUCUCAUUGGGGUUCUGAAAUUCUUGAUGUCAUUGGGAUUAGAAUGAAUGAUAUAAGGAUUAGACACAGGGUAUUAAAGCUGGGACUGAAAAACUUAGUCUUCAAGAAACAAGCAGGUAGUGUGAAAAUAUGGUUGUGUUUUUGCUUUUUAGAAAAAAUAAUGUGUUUUUCUCUUGGAAAUGGCAACUUGUUUCGUUCAUAGUUUGAGCCAUUUGUUUUCAAGUUAACUGAUUUGUACUGUGCUUAAGGGAACAAAAUUUGGCAGAAGUAGGAUCCUUAGUUCUGAAACAGCCUCAAGUCAAGACUUCUGGAGAGUAUAUUGAUAAGGUGGAAGAUCUCAUUGCUUCUAUAAAUGACGCAGAUGCUUAGCAUUUCAUUGAAAGGAGUGCCCGAUUGCCACACCCAUAUUCUAUUGUCACUUCAAUUUGAUUUAUAUUUUUUUUAUGUAAAAUACCUUUAUUUUUAUAUAGUUAUAAGAGAGAGAAAAUGAUAUUUUAAACAAAAAUAACUUAAAAGGGUGUAGCAAUAAGCUCGCUCAUAUUAAAACUUGGACAUUAUUGAAAGAGUAAUAUAACAACAAUAGGGGUGAAAUCUGCAGGUUCCUUUUCUUAAUAUUAAUUCUUUCUAGACACUUUAGAACUAACUGUAUGUAUGUGAUUCUUAUUAUAUUCUUAUCUGGAGCACAUCUGUGGCCACCUCAAAGCCAUUUGGUCUGAAGCACUUUUUCUUAAUACACCUUUUCUGAAGCGGAUCCAAUCAUCAAGUACAAUUCUCAAGUCAUGAACUUUGCUUGUGAGAUCAUCACAACAGUUAGCAUGAAUGGUAUUAGCCUCCCUUAACAUAUCCUUAUUUAGCUGACAAAACCCACCAAAAUAAGCUGCAUUUACAUUCUGAAGACGCAAGCGAUACAUGUCAACUAGAUCUUGCCUUUGCAUGAUAGUUGUACACAUGGAUUCUACUGCUGGAGAGUUUGGAUACAGAACCUUGGUCAAUUUCCAAUACUUGAAGAACUCAAAGGAAAUGGCAUUUGCUUUCAAGAAGACGACGCCCCCAUCAUGCAGCAGGUAACCUCCAUCACUUGAGAAAUUACAUGAAAUUGUGAGUUCAUAUGCUGGAUUGAAGUUUGAAAAUGGACUUCUAAGCCACAGUACAUCUGCAUCCUGAAAAAUGAAAGUCCCGUGCAAUUCAAGUUGAUUAAUAACCAUUCAUCCACCAUUUUCUAAUUGAAAUUCUAAUAACACUCGAAAUUAACCUUUUAACUAUUAGCUAUAAUUUUAUGGGACUCAAAAUUAACAGCUAGACUCAAUAAAUUAAGAGCAAGAUUAUAUUAUUUUGUUAAGUCCAUUAAACAAUAGCCAAUGAUAAAUGGUGUUGAAAAAUGUGUCUCAGUAAGCUUACAAGAACUCAUACCGUGAAAAUUAUGUUGUAACCCAGUUGAAGCACAUCUAGCAAAACAUCGUUUCUUGUAAAAGUGAAAGCAUUAUGAUAUGAACUUCUAAAAGUGGAGGGGUGGAUGCAAUUGGGGUGCAAGGACCUGCAGUACUCAAAAGCUUGUGGGUCCAUGGUUAUGACCAGCAAGUGAUUCAACAAUCUUUGAGUCCCUUCGCCUGAUUUGAAGCUUUGUAGUAAAAUUUCAAGCAUAGAUCCUGGACUUGCCCAUGAUUCGUCUACCAUAGUUAGCAAAACUGUUCUGUCUGGCAUUGUCGUUCUCUUCAGCACAUGAAUUAGUUCUUGUUUUGGCGAGUGCUGCUGGUAUGGAAGUAAUGGUAAAUUAAAUGGGCAAAACUCAAUCAUUUUGAAAAUUUAGUAAAUGUAUGUUCUGAUUUAAUAUGCCAGUAAUCAAUUUUGACAUGUCUUAUUACAAGUUCAUUCAAAUACAUGUUUUGCACGAUUGAACAAGUUUCACUGCUACAUAAAACUGCAAUAGAAACUCUUUUAAUGAUGUAACAAAACAAAACAUGAUAAAUUGAAGAAACAGUUUGCACACACCUACCUGUAUACAACAAAUUCAAAUCCAAAUUAAAUGACAAUGUAAAAAUGAUUGACAAAUAAAAAUAUUGAAUUCUCAUUCGUAAAAGUAUAAUAACCUACAGAUAUUUUCCUUCUUAUGUUAUCAUGCGUCUUCCUUAUUUUAUAAAAGAUGUUUUAAUUUUUGAAUUAAAUCAAAUCAAUGUGUUUCUAAUUAUUUAUUCAUACAAAUAAUAUUUUUAAUUUCUUGAAUAAAUAAUGAAUAUUUUCAGCCAGACAUUAUUAGUAAAAUAUAAUUUUAUUAAUUAAAUUAACAUUUUAACUAAUUUUAAUUUAUACUAAAAAUAAUUGCAAAAAAUUAUUACUUGAUAGAGGAAGAAAAAAAAAUUGAAAAUCUUAUGUGAAUCUAUACAAAAUAAGUGACUAAGGUCAUAUUAAAUUUGUAUUUGGUAGCUUAUAUCAGAAUUUUAAAAAUCAAUAAAAUCAAUGUCUAUUAGUUGUAUUUAUAUUUAACUUUAAGGUGUUGUUUGAGAGUUUAGAAAAAAAAAAAAAAGUUAAAAAGAGAGUUUGAGAGGAUAAAGAAGGAGAAGAAAAGAAAAGACGAAUAAGAGUUAACCAAAAUUUUUCUAAUUUAGAAAACUUAAAAAUAUGAGUUUAUAAGAGGAGGGGAUUUUAGAUUAUUUAUAAAAGUUUUUUCUCACUUUUAAAAACUUCAAAAGAUAUCAUCAAAUAAAGACAAAAUUUAGGUACGAUACCAUUGCAGUUCUUCAAUUAGAGUUAGAAUACCACAAUAAUAUAUAUUAGCUGACUUUCAUUAUGCAAAUCUUAAGGUUGUGUUUGGAUACAGGCAUUUUAAAAUUUUUAUAAUUCAUUAAUUUGGACAAUAAGAAAAAUAGUUUCACUACAAAAUUUUACCUAGAUGACUUUUAUGUUAAAUACAAAAAAUUUCAAAAGACCUGUUUUAAAGAGAAUUUAAAAAUCCCUUAUUAUAUGUUUAAAUUUUUAUAUUUAUCAUUCAUAAUUUCUCUUAUAUUUGACUCCCACUUUAAGCAUCCCUCGUUAUUGUUUUCAUAUUUUUUAUAAUUUUAAAAUUCUUUAUUCAAAUAUGACCUAAGUUUAAGUUGUCUAACGCAUUUUAAACAAGUAAGUCAGUUAAACUUAAGCUUAAUUAUUCUCUCCCAUUUUUGAAUCAGAGUCAGGUUUAAAAUCUUAAUAUAUAUUAGAGUUUAUCCUGUUUAAAUGUUAAGUUGUUCACAAAUGUCUAGUUCUGUUGGACCACAUGCAAGUGUUAGUCCUACAAACUUCAUGUACCAUAUGUCUAAUUUUGAUAAUUAAGAAGUAUAUUAAGAUA